CAAGGAUGUAAAAUUUCUUAUAUUUUACUUGAAGUAUAUUUUAAUUUUCCUAUUUUAGAAAUUAUGUAGAUUUUAAAAUAUGCAUGUAGUUUUUUUUUAAUUAAAAAAAUGGCUUUACCAAAUACCUUUUCAUUGUCAGCAUCCAAAUCCCUAGGUAACUUUUCUUCAUGUCAGCCCCAUUUCUCCCUUUUUCCCGACCACCGAUAUGGGAGGCGCCACCGCAUCUCCGCCGUACACGCGGCGGCGGAGCAAGAAAAAUGGAGUCUUGGAAGUUGGAAAAACAAGAAGGCUCUGCAACUUCCUGAAUACCCAAAUGAAGAAAAUCUUGAAAUUGUGCUUAAGAUUCUUGAAUCAAACCCACCCCUUGUGUUUGCUGGUGAAGCAAGGAAUUUGGAGAAGAAGCUUGGUGAGGCUGCAUUGGGGAAAGCUUUUUUGUUACAAGGUGGAGAUUGUGCUGAGAGUUUUAAGGAGUUUAAUGCUAAUAAUAUUCGUGAUACUUUUAGGAUUUUGCUUCAGAUGAGUGUUGUUCUUAUGUUUGGUGGAGAAGUUCCUGUGAUUAAGGUUGGAAGAAUGGCCGGCCAGUUUGCAAAACCAAGAUCAGAUCCGUUCGAGGAGAUAAAUGGAGUGAAGUUACCAAGUUACAAGGGUGACAAUAUCAAUGGUGAUACAUUUGAUGAGAAGUCACGAAUUCCAGAUCCUCGUAGGCUUAUUCGGGCCUAUAUGCAAUCUGCUGCGACUCUUAAUCUUCUUAGAGCUUUUGCUACUGGAGGUUAUGCUGCAAUGCAGAGGGUUACUGAAUGGAAUCUUGAUUUUGUGGAGAACAGUAAGCAGGGCGAUAGGUACCAAGAACUAGCUCACAGGGUUGAUGAAGCCUUAGGAUUCAUGACUGCUGCUGGACUCACAGUCGACCACCCUAUCAUGUCAACGAUUGAUUUCUGGACAUCCCAUGAGUGCUUGCUUCUUCCUUACGAACAAGCACUUACAAGGGAGGAUUCAACUUCUGGUCUUUUCUAUGAUUGUUCUGCUCACAUGGUUUGGGUUGGGGAACGAACCAGACAAUUAGACGGUGCUCAUGUCGAGUUUUUGAGAGGAGUAGCAAAUCCGCUUGGCAUAAAGGUGAGCCAAAAGAUGGAUCCAAAUGAACUAAUUAAGCUCAUUGACAUCUUGAACCCUGCCAAUAAGCCUGGAAGAAUAACUGUAAUUGCAAGAAUGGGUGCUGAGAACACGAGAGUGAAACUUCCGCCCUUGGUCAGGGCAGUACGAGGAGCUGGUCAGACUGUGACGUGGGUUUGUGACCCAAUGCACGGGAACACCAUCAAGGCACCAUGUGGACUCAAAACUCGUGCUUUCGAUACAAUCCUGGCUGAGGUCCUAGCUUUCUUCGAUGUGCAUGAGCAAGAAGGGAGCCAUCCUGGUGGUAUUCAUCUAGAAAUGACAGGGCAAAAUGUGACUGAAUGCAUUGGCGGAUCAAGAACAGUAACCUACGAUGAUUUGGGCUCACGCUACCACACACAUUGUGAUCCGAGACUGAAUGCUUCUCAAUCUCUUGAACUUUCCUUCAAUGUAGCUGAACGACUAAGAAGACGAAGAAUGGCUACUCAACGCGUGUAGGCGUUUAGUCUGCAGUCUUGAUCUCUUAGUAUCCAAUAAACUGAGUUUCCAUCCAUCCCCUCAUAGUAGUUUGAGUAGUGUUACUAGAACUUAAGUCUGAAUAAAUAUAAGUGAUUUUGAUUAAUGUUUUUAUACACUUUUACUAAUCUUUUUGACUUGGAAACUUGAAAA